GACAACAUGUCCAAAAAGUUUAUUUUUUCCGCUGCAGAGGACGAAAUCCUCAUAGAGGAAAUUCAAAAAAAUAAAGUUAUUUAUGAUAGUUCAGAUAAAAACCAUAAAGAUAAAAUUAUGAAAGAUUCCUUAUGGUCGGAAAUUGGGAUAAAGCUCAAUAGAAAUAUUGAUGACUGUAAGAAAAGGUGGAAAAACAUGCGUGACACAUACAUGCGACAAAAAAAAAAAUUGCCUACUGGGUCGGCGACUUCAGACAAAAAAAAAUGGCCUUUGAUGGACUAUCUAUCGUUUUUGGAUACGGUUGAAUAUGAAAGACAAACUUGUACAAAUGUUGAAACGCAAGAAACGACGACAGAACAAAAUAUUAUGUCCAACGAUUUAUUCAGAGACGAAGAAGACAUCGUGGACGUGGAGAAUGAAAGCUGUAACAGUGAAACCGAAGUAUUGAAUUUACCAGCAAUUUCAUUUGGAGGGAAACGAUUACGGUCUAAAGACGAUAAAUUAUCAGCAAUAUUAGCCAAGAGAUCUAAAGAAAGAAAUGAAAUGUUAUCAAAUAUCCAGGCACAAAAUAAUUUAUUAGCAUCGCUGGACCAAAAAGAGGACGAAGUCGACGUUUUUUUUAAAAGUAUUGCCAUGACCGUCAAAAAACUCCCUUCGCGAGCAAUCAACGAAGCUAAGCUGCGAAUAUUGACAAUGGUGAAUGAGAUUGAAGAAAAAUAUGUGGUUCCUGAUCAUACUAAAACCAUUCAACCUAAUUAUGUUCUGCCUUUAAAUAGCAACAACAUGGCACAGUGGUUAUCACCAGCCAACUCGUACACCACUGCUGCGUCGAGUUCUUCAUCUGGAUACAUGCAAUACAAUAAUGAUAGUAACAGCAUGCCACAGUGUCCAUCGCCGGCCAACUCAUCCAACACUGCUGCAUCAAAUAACCAACUGGCAACUACUAUAAAUAAAUGA